AGAGGAUCAAGCGUGCUGCUUCGUCUGCCGCUGCAGCAGAAACGUUGAGCGUGUCUUCUGCGGUAGCAGAGUCUCACUGGCUGCUGAUAAUGUGGAGAGAUCUCCUUUUCAACGACGUGAGCAAGCCCGACUGGCACCUCAGCCAGGCGCCUUUCUCUCUUGUCCUCCCCCGUGAUUGCUCUCUAAGUGAGGGUGUGUCGUCAGUCUCGGUCGUCGACGCCAAGUCGGUCUUCGAUGUCCUGACUCGCAAUAGUGCCGGCACUAAGGCCGACGAGCGCAACGCGAUAGAGAUGGCAGUCAUCAGGG